AUGUCCGCCACCUGCUCCCGCCUCGCGCGGCUACUCUCUCGCGCCGCAUUCACGAUUCCUCGAAACGCGCCCCGCAGCAACCAUGGCUCGGUCAGCCAUUUCACCGCGUCUCGGUCCGUGUCGACCAAGAUUGCCGCUCGCGCAGCACCCCAUUUCGCGGAAUCUUCGCGCCCGGGAGCGUGGAACCCCCUGGUGGGGCGUCCUCUCGGACCGCUAAGCGCGCCGAGCCUCGCGUCCUCGAAUCCGCGCAGGGGGUCGUCGGGCGUGGCGGUAGCGCGCGCCAACUCCGCGGACGAGAAUGCAGCGCGAGAGCAGGCGGAGAAUGAGGCGGGGGUUGCGGAGAAGAGAGCGCGACUCGGGUUUGUAGGAGCGGGGCAGAUGGCGGAGGCGUUAGCGCGGGGGCUGAGCGCGGCGGGCGUGGUGGAGUAUGCUGACAUGGCAGCUGCUGACGUCAACAGUGACAGGCUGGCGGUGUUUCAAGGCAUAGGCAUCGACACCAAGGAGAGCGCCAGGGAGGUGGCGGCCAGCAGUGACGUCAUCUUCAUUGCAGUCAAGCCGUUUGCCGUGCAGCCUGUGCUUGCUGACCUGGCGGCCUCGGGCGCGCUGACGGAGCGCCACCUCAUCGUGUCGAUCGCUGCGGGCGUGCCACUUGGCAAGAUGCAGCAGUGGGCGGGGGAGGGCGUGCGGAUCGUGCGAGUCAUGCCAAAUACCCCCUGCCUAGUUGGUGCCACUGCUGCUGCCAUGAGUCUGGGAGAGCACGCAACAGAGGAGGACGGGGCAUUGGUGAGGUCCAUGUUUGGUGUCGUUGGGGAGGUGUACGAGGUGGAGGAACGCCUACUGGACGCCGUUACUGGCCUCAGUGGAAGCGGCCCAGCAUACGUGUUUGUGGCCAUAGAGGCUCUGGCUGAUGGUGGCACGGCGGCAGGCCUUCCCCGGAAGGUGGCUCUCUCCCUCGCUGCUCAGACAGUUUAUGGAGCAGCUAAGAUGGUGAUUGACACUCAGAAGCACCCAGCCCAACUGAAAGACUCUGUCGCAUCACCAGCAGGCACCACUAUUGCCGGGCUCCACGAGCUUGAGAGGGGUGGAUUCCGGUCGCUGCUUAUGAACGCUGUGGUUGCUGCUGCCAAUCGCAGCAAAGAGCUGUCCAAGUGA